GCCCCAGCCCCGCCGUGCAGGCACCCGUACGGGCAGCCCCGCGAGGCCCCCGGAGCGUGGGGGUCGUCAUGGAGACGGGCGCCACCGCCGCCGCGUCCCGCAAGAACACAGAGACUAAAGAAAUGGAAAAAUUCACUCAUCUGGAAGCUCUGCUGUUUACUGCUGUGCUGGAGAAUUGUGUGGAUCAACUCUCAAUUCUUGGAUAUAUCAUGCCAGUUUCAUAUGAGGGCAAGACAGACUUCAGCCACACUGGCAUCCAGGAAAUGAAAGAAAUCAGAGAGACCCAGAAGGAGCUGGAUAUUAGCUACCAAGAGCUUAUGUCAGCAAGGCAAGGGAGUGGGGAAACAGUUACCUUCAUGUCUCUGAAAAGCAGCAAACACGAGCAGCAGCUGGGGAAAACUGAGGAUCUAAAAAGAAUCCAUCAUCUUUCCAAUAGGGCCAUGAAAGACAGUGCUUUAUCAGUAGAGAAUCUCAGAAAGAUUCAGGCUGACAGGCAGUAUGCAAGUGAUGUAAUUACAAUUACUAUGAAAAAGAUGCAGGAAUUGGGAACAUUUAAUAGCCUGACAGAAGCUAAUGAGAGAGAGAAGGCAAGAAAGAGCAAGUUUCAUGACAUCCUCAUGAGGGAGGAGGAAGGAAAGGAGGAGAUAAAGUCACUCGAGAAACAGCUGCAAGAUGUCAAGGAACAAACUGAAAUAGAACUUCAGAACCGAGAUAGUGUGAUUCUUUACCUCAAAGACGAGCUCCAAGAGAUGAAGGCCAAAAUGAACAUGGAGAGCUGCUACGUGAAGAAAAGCACAGACCUCCAGGUCCACCAAACCCAGAAGAAGUGCAGCAAUGCAGAGAAUGCCCUGGACAUGGAAAUUCAGAAGUUGAGGAGCAAAACUGAGGAGGAGAUGCGAGUCCACAUGGAGAUUGAAAAUUUCCUCAGGCAACACUAUAAGAAGGUGGAAGAGGAGCUGGAAUACUGGAUGGACAAGUAUGAACACAGCAUAGAUGCUAAAGAUGAAGAACUGAAUGCCCUAAAAGCAUCAAAGGCAAACAACUUGGAAAUGCUGCAGAGAAUUGCCAAGGAGUGCCAGACAUUUGAGGAAACCAUCAUCAGCGACCGAGCGGAAAAGGAGGCUAAAAGAAGACAACUAGAGCAGGACGCCCUGGAGCUGAAGAGCAUCCUGAAGCUGCAGGCCUGGUGGAGAGCUACAAUGGUCCGCAGAAGCCUUGGCCCCUACCAGGCCCUCAGGAAGAUGCGGGAGAAACAGCUAUCAAAGCAGAAAGAAAAAGGGAAAAAGGGAAAAUCUGGAGAAAAGAAAAAGAUGCGUUAAGUAAAAAAAGUGGCUGCAGCUGUGCUCCAGGGCUGCUGCUGGGCAGGGCACUGUGGCCUCUCUGUCAGACAGGAUGAAAUAAACCAUUUAACAGAGCUGGGACUAUUCUGCAGAACACAGUUCGUGACAGACACAGUUAAGGGGAGGCUGCAGUAAAUCUUAAAGGUCUUGAAGCUGGCCUUGUGCAAAGACACAGUUUCUGCAGGAGAAGGGGAUUUCCAUCAAAGCACUGGGAAAUGCUGUAACCCCAAAGUGCUUUAUGGAAACGUGACGGCUAGCAGGAGGUAACCUGUUAACAGCCCCGUA